AUGAGCGGCGUCGUCGUGCUCUCGCAGCUUGUGCACCCGGAGUUCAAGAGCAUCGCCCGCCGCGACGUGGUCGUUUGGAAGCGGGCGCGUCUCGAAUACGAGACCUCGAUGCGGCGUGAAUGCCAGCGAACGAGCCGGAGCUACUCAGCGACGUGUGUUCCAGUCCGCGACUCGUUCGCUCCCGUCGGGUAUCUCGAGUUCCUGAUGAAGACCAAGUGGGGCCUCUGGGACGACUACAACUUGCUGAACGUGCCUGAAGACGAGCUUUGGGGAGCGAUCAACGGGAUCAUCGACAAGGAGACCAACAAGACGGUGCGCACGUACGACAAGGUUUUCAGCUCGCUCGACCUCGACCACAACGAAGAAGAUAUCGAAGAGCGGGUCAACAGCUUUGUUUUCAAGGCCUCGCAAAUGAUUGAAGAGCAUGGCCUCGGCGAGAAGCUCGAGAACGGCAAGCUCAAGGCCAAGAUCUUCAAGGCGCUUGUCGAUCGGCUCCGUCCCCAAGAGCUACAGACGGACGUGAAGCAGCUGAUGGAUGAGAAGAUGGCGGUCAACAAGCAGGCUGGCCUCAAGCACCUCGGGAAGAUCAUCUUGAAGCGAGCGCUUCUCUACAAGUCGUGGAGCCCCAAGACGAAGCGCCUUCGCGACAAGGAGUCGUCCGACGAAGAAGAAGAACAGCAAGGUGCACGCAAGAAGAAGAAGCGCAAGUUCAAGCAGAAGGACACCAAGACACCAGUGCAGAAGGAUACCAAGGACGACGGCAAGGAACGUCCGUGCUGGCACUGCGGCAGCAAGAAGCACAAAUUGCAUGACUGCCCGAGCUCGAACGCGAAGCAAAAGAAGCUGCCGUCAAGAAGAACUGGAAAAGCGGUCGACGCGGCGGCGGCGGCAGCGAACAAGGCGGCAACGGUGGCGGCGACACGAAGAAGAUCAAGUUAA